UUCAUGUGCUACUUGUAUAGGUGGGGGUUGCUGCGCGGUGGUGGCUCUGAGGUUGGCUGGCCGCUUGGAUCAGCUGUGACUCUGUUCCCCUGAGCCACUCUGGGCAGUUCUUUCCUCUGGCCCGUUUAAGUCCGCGAUGGAGCAAGCGUCUCUGCUCAGCUUUAUUUUCCUGCUGCGCGUUGCUCUGGUCCUGCCAAAACAUUAUCCCUCAUCCAUGGGGUUUCUUUGCCUGUAGGUGGUGUGUCGUUGCCCUCUGCAGUGUGUUUGCCCCCCCAGCCUGCCCCAUUGUGCUCCUGGGGUCAGCAUGGUGCCUGAUGGCUGCGGGUGCUGCAAAGUCUGUGCCAGGCAGCUGAACGACGACUGCAGCAAGCACUGGCCGUGUGACCCCCACAGGGGGCUGGAAUGCAACUUUGGGGCGGACCCCUUGGCCAGCAAGGGCAUCUGUCGGGCCAAACAGGAAGGCCGGACGUGCGAAUACAACGGGCAGAUCUACCAGAAUGGUGAGAACUUCCAGCCCAGCUGCAAGCACCAGUGCAGCUGCAUUGAUGGUGCUGUGGGCUGCCUGCCCCUCUGCCCCCUGGAACUGCCCCUGGCCUCCCUCAGCUGCCCUGACCCACAGCUGCUUAAGGUGCCCGGCCAGUGCUGCAAGAAGUUUGUGUGCGGCAAGGGAACGAAGAGGUUUGGGGAGGCCUCCUUUGAGGGCGGGGAGACCAAAAGCAAUGAGCUCAUCUAUGUGGGCAAGGACCAGCACUGGAAAAAUCUGCCGGCCUGGCCACCUCUGUUCAAGGCCCAUUCUGUGCUGAGGAAAUGCCUAACCCAGACCACAGACUGGUCUCCCUGCUCCAAGACCUGUGGCCUAGGUGCCUCCACCCGGGUCACCAACAACAACCCCCAGUGCAAGCUGGCCAAGGAGACGCAGCUGUGUCAGAUCCGACCCUGUGGCCAGCCUGACUUCACCAAGCUGAAGAAGGGCAGGAAGUGUCUCCGGACCCACAAGGCGCAGGAGCCGGUGCAUUAUACCUACGCCGGGUGCAAGAGCCUCCGCAAGUACCAGCCCAGCUACUGUGGCUCGUGCCUGGAUGGGCGCUGCUGCGUGCCCCUGCACACCCGCACCCUGGCUGUGCCCUUCCGCUGCCCUGAUGGGGACUCUUUCUCACGCAGCGUCAUGGUGAUCCACUCGUGCCAGUGCGGGCCGGCCCACUGCCAGCCCGUCAAUGAGGCUGCCAUGCUCCCCCAGCACCAGCUAGAUGGAGACACGCACAAGUUCCUGGAGUGAGCGGUGCUGGCACCCCAGAGCGGGUGGGGGUCCUGGUGAUGGUGUGGGGGGAGGGAUACUCCCCAUUCAAAUGACACUCUAAGGAAUUGGAUCUCAGCCAUAGAUUGGGGGCCUCUAAGCUGACAGGUGGGGGGCAGGGGUGGGGAAGCUGUUGACCCACAUGGCAGCCCCUUUCUAGCCUGUAUUUCUACCCAUGUCCCCUCCUGCCUUCCACUUCCUGUCCCAUGGUGCAUCUUUCCACCUGUGCCCCUCUGUGUCCCCCUCUUCCACUUCCUACCCCAUGGAACCCUGCUGUGCACCCCCACU